AUGAGCCGAUGCAUCGUCGGUAAUCGUUCUUCUGUCAUCAAUACGACGAGACCAGAUUUGCCCUCCAUGUCUCUUUUACGUCCUGCAGUCUGUAGAGCAUGCAAGAGGGCAAACUACCGCUCCUUGCGAACCUUCGCCACCGCUCAAAACAACGUCCAACAACAACAACCCCGACCUGACAACUACAUCAAGCUGGUCGAGGUCGGACCACGCGAUGGACUUCAAAAUGAGAAGAAAACCAUCUCGCUCGCAACAAAGAUUGAACUGAUUGAGAGGCUCGCAAAGACCGGCUUGUCGAUGAUUGAAGGUGGUUCCUUUGUGGCGCCCAAAUGGGUUCCCCAGAUGGCAAAUUCCAGCGAGAUUAUGGAACACAUCCUCACGAAGAAGAUCUCUUCGCCAUCUGCGGUAUCGUACUCAUUUCUUGCGCCGAACACCAAGGGCCUCCAGAACGCGACCUCCAUCCUGCAAAAGCAUCCCGACACCUUCUCCUCGCAGCUCCAGCCUUCGCUCAAUCCCACUAAGCCCGGUAUAGAGAUCGCCGUCUUUGCGGCGGCCACCGAGUCGUUUUCGAAGAAGAACCUCAACUGCGAUAUUGCGACGUCGUUGGCGCGCUUCAAAGAUGUAAUCCAGGAGGCAAAGGCGAGCGGGCUACGGGUCAGGGCCUACGUCUCCGUCGUUCUCGGAUGCCCUUUCGAAGGUUACGACGUCGAUCCACACAAGGUUGCUGAGAUCGCGACGGACUUGCUGGAGUCCGGAGCCGACGAGAUCUCGCUAGGAGACACAACGGGCAUGGGGACAGCUCCUCGGACCAAGGCGUUGUUGGACUGCUUGCGUGCCGCGGGCAUCCGGAACGAGGAUCUUGCUAUGCACUUCCAUGACACAUACGGGCAGGCUCUUGUGAACACGGCCGUGUCGCUGGAACACGGCAUCCGGACCUUUGACAGCAGCGUUGCGGGCCUGGGAGGAUGCCCUUAUAGUCCAGGAGCCACCGGAAAUGUGGCGACGGAGAACAUGGUGUAUUUCCUUAGUACCCUUGGCAUGGAUACGGGUGUAGACCUUGACGCGAUUUCUGAAGUUGGGGCAUGGAUUGCGGGUAAGCUGGAAAAGCCGAACGAUAGCACAGUAGGCAAAGCUGAUGCUCAGGCGCACAUAAUGAUCGAGUCUCUACCUAGGUCUAUGAGCCAGGACCCAUUCGUGCAUCCUGGCGAGGCCGACAAGAUCCAGCUAAGUUACCAACUUCAACCUCUCUUCCGCGAGCUGGAUCACAUUACCACCACUUGCUUCUUGCCUGGCAUAAACGCACAAUCCCCUCUCGUUAGCUGCUCGCCUUUGCCCACCCGCAAGAAAUCAGCACGUUUUGGCCUGUCGUCGUCCUACUCGGUUGUCCCUAGGAUUCGCUACAACACUGUCGGUGGUGUUAACGGUCCUUUGGUCAUCCUCGAGAAUGUCAAAUUCCCCAAGUACAGCGAGAUCGUUACCCUGACUCUCCCCGAUGGUACCGAGCGAUCGGGUCAAGUCUUGGAAGCUCGAGGUGACCGAGCCGUCGUUCAGGUGUUCGAAGGCACUUCUGGCAUCGAUGUUAAGAAGACGAAAGUCGAGUUCAGUGGCCACAGUUUGAAGCUGGGCGUGUCGGAGGACAUGCUUGGACGCAUCUUCGAUGGAUCCGGACGAGCUAUCGACAAGGGCCCCAAGGUGCUCGCCGAGGACUAUCUCGACAUCAACGGCAGCCCUAUCAACCCCUAUUCCAGAGAAUACCCCGAGGAGAUGAUCUCCACCGGCAUUUCCGCCAUCGAUACCAUGAAUUCCAUCGCUCGAGGCCAAAAGAUUCCUAUCUUCUCCGCUGCUGGUCUCCCUCAUAAUGAAAUCGCUGCACAGAUUUGCCGACAGGCCAGCCUGGUGCAAAAGAAGGGCGUCACCAACAAGGGCGUUCAUGAUGGACAUGCGGAGAACUUCUCCAUCGUCUUCGGCGCUAUGGGUGUCAACUUGGAAACGGCUCGGUUCUUCACCCGCGACUUCGAAGAGAAUGGCAGCUUGGAACGUGUCACCCUGUUCCUUAACCUUGCCAACGAUCCUACGAUCGAGCGUAUCAUUACUCCUCGUCUUGCCUUGACCACGGCCGAAUACUACGCCUAUCAGCUCGAGAAGCAUGUCCUCGUCAUUCUUACCGAUCUCUCGGCUUACUGCGACGCUCUCCGAGAAGUCUCAGCAGCUCGAGAGGAAGUGCCGGGUCGUCGUGGUUUCCCCGGUUACAUGUACACUGAUUUGUCCACCAUUUACGAGCGAGCCGGUCGUGUGGCGGGACGCAACGGCUCCAUCACCCAGAUCCCGAUUCUGACCAUGCCUAACAACGACAUCACCCACCCGAUUCCGGAUUUGACGGGUUAUAUUACUGAGGGCCAGAUCUUCGUUGACCAACCCAUGCACAACCGUGGUAUUUAUCCGCCAAUUAAUGUCCUUCCGUCGCUGUCCCGUCUCAUGAAGUCUGCUAUCGGUGAGGGUAUGACUCGCCGCGACCAUGGCGACGUCUCCAACCAGCUGUAUGCCAAGUAUGCCAUCGGCCGUGAUGCCGCUGCGAUGAAGGCUGUAGUUGGUGAGGAAGCCUUGUCGGCCGAGGACAAGCUGUCUCUUGAGUUCCUCGAGAAGUUUGAGCAGCAAUUUAUCUCCCAGGGCCCCUACGAGUCACGGACCAUCUUCGAGUCUCUGGAUCUAGCUUGGAGCUUGCUGCGCAUCUAUCCUAAGGAGCUCCUGAACCGCAUCCCCGCCAAGAUUCUCAACGAGUACUAUCAGCGCGCAGCCAAGGAAACCAAGGACAAGAGCAAGCAGCAUGAGCAGGUGCAGCAGAACGAGGAGAAUCUCAUUGAUGCAUAA